ACCGAAACGUCAAAAUUUGUAAACAUUCAAAAUUAAAGAUGUUUUUACAGACGAUACCCGUUUUAGAUAACAUCCAACUCUUUAAACUAAAAAAUCUGUUUAUUAACCCAUAAAUAAACCGUAAUUUUGCAAUGACCGCUUCCGAUGUUAUUUACCGCCUCCAGGUCGUUCAAUAAUAAGGCACGAUUACCUCUGCCGAACGCUAUAAUGUGGACAGGGGGGACUUUUGUACCAAACGGGGGCGUAUUCGUACCCGUUUUCUCAACAUUUCUCAUUUGUGUAAUCAGCUAUUACUUCUUUAAAUGGUUUAGUGGUAAUGAUAUUAAUGUACCAAUUAGAGACGCAACUAAAAAUCAUAAUUGGAAACCUAUAAAUGUUUCAUCAAAGGCUUGGUAUUGUUCGAUAUGCGAAUCGUUGCUUUUAAAUGGUAUUGGUGUUUAUUGUGAUUGUUGCGGAGUUUGUUCGGAUACCGAUUGUAUUAAGCAAGCUAAUAAACAGCUUUUAUGUAAAGUUAUAACCAGCAAAAAUGAUGUGCAUUUACAUCAUUGGGUUAAAGGAAAUUUAUCGUUGGGUGCAGUCUGUUCCGUUUGUAACGAAGAUUGUUCGAUGGAACCCGGAUUGGUCGAUUAUCAAUGUUGUUGGUGUCAAAGAACCGUUCAUACAAGUUGUUUUAAAAAUAUUUCGCAAGAAUGCGAUUUUGGCCCAUUUCAAAACAUGAUUGUACCCCCGUGGUGUGUCCAGGUGGCUCGGAUGAAAAGCAGUAUUCACCGACACUUAUUAUUGAGGGGAGUUAAAGAUCCUGGGUGGAAAAAUUGGUUCCCAUUAAUUGUAGUUGCUAAUCGUAAAUCAGGAAAUAAUGACGGAGAUGCAGUUUUAUCUGAAUUUCGCAAAAUAUUGAAUCCGGCCCAAGUUUUAGAUCUUGCAGAACGCCCCCCAGCUGCCGCUUUACAAUGGAGUAUUUUAGUGGCACCCAAACCAAUUCGGUUAUUAGUUGCUGGGGGUGAUGGAACUGUAUCAUGGUUAUUAUCUUCUAUACACAGAAUGGAUUUGGAACCUCAGCCUGUUGUUUGCAUACUUCCCUUAGGCACUGGAAAUGAUCUUUCUAGAGUUUUAGGUUGGGGAAAACAACUUUCAUCAGAAAUUGAUACCGAAAAGAUUAUGAAAGAUAUUGCUAAUGCAAAAACAAACACUUUUGAUAGAUGGCGAGUUGAAGUAGCCCCAUAUCGUCACUUAGGAAUCCGUUUACCAUCAAAAUCCGCUUACAUGUAUAACUAUUUCAGCGUGGGAGUCGACGCCCAGGUCGCUUUGGAUUUCCAUAGAACCCGAGAUAGCAAAUUUUAUUUAUUCAGCAAUCGAAUUUUUAAUAAAUUGUUGUAUCUUUGCUUUGGAACUCAACAAGUCGUAGCUGCUGAUUGUCGAAACAUAGAAAACCGCGUCGAUUUGUAUUUAGACGGAAAAUUGGUGCAAUUACCGGAAUUAGAAUCAAUUGUCGUGCUUAAUAUCCAAUCUUGGGGCGCAGGAGUUAAUUUAUGGAGUAUGCUAAGCGAUGUUUCACCACAAUCUUAUAAAGAUGGGGUUUUAGAAGUUGUCGGAAUUUAUUCUUCAUUCCAUAUAGCUCAGUUACAAGUUGGUUUAUCAACUCCCCAUAAAAUUGGGCAAGCUAAAAUUGUUGAGAUUCGUUUAAAAUCGAAAGCGCCAGUUCAAGUUGAUGGGGAACCUUGGGAGCAGAUGCCUGCUGUUUUUAAGAUAUCCUUAGUCGAUCAAGCGACAGUUCUCGUUAAUAAAACCAAAUAAAUAUAAGUAUGUAUUUUCCAAUAAUUUUUAACGCUUUGUAUUGAAAUAUCACAGUAUUAUUUACUUAUUUAUUCAUAUAAAUAUCUACUUAAACACUA